AUGGCAGAAGCACCCGUCAUUUACGAGGCCGUAUAUUCGGGCGUCCCAGUGUAUGAGAUGAUGGUCCAGGACAAUAUCCCAAUAAUGCGUAGGACCAGCGACUCGUGGCUGAACGGCACGCAGAUCCUCAAGAUCUGUGGGUUAUCUAAGCCGAAAAGAACAAAGAUUCUCGAGAAGGAAGUAUUACUAGGCCAGCACGAAAAAAUACAGGGUGGAUACGGAAAAUAUCAAGGAACUUGGAUCCCUAUGGAACAAGGACGGGCUUUGGCUCAGCGUUACGGAGUGGAAGACAUCAUUCUACCUAUACUUUUGUUUGAUCCAACUACACAAUCCGUAGGUCCAAAGCCCGCUUCCAUUAGAGCAGCAGAAGCUGCUGCAAGUGCUGCCACGCGUGCAAGCCAACGACAAAAACGGGCACCCAUACCUCUAGUGGAUACAUAUUAUGGCAUACCUCCUGGCGAAGAAGAAGCUAGCUCCAAUCAGGCAUACUCACCGAGAUCACCGUAUGCUUAUAAUAAUGGUGGUGCAUCAGGUCGUAGAAGUAAAGGUCAAGAUUGGGGUGCGGGUUUUGCAGACGGCAAAGAAGAACAACUUGGGAGGAUGGACGACAUAUCUGAUCGACGAGCUGCGUCACCAUCACCCAUGCCAAUUGGUAGUCGACGUCAACGAGAAGUCAUGACUCACGAACAACGACAACGAGAAGCCUUAAUGAAUAUAUUUAUUGACGAUGCUGCUGCUACACUGGACGUCUUACGAGAGUCUCAUCCACCCUUCCAAAUCGAUCUGGAGUUUAUACUAGAUGAUCAAAACCAUACCGCAUUGCACUGGGCUGCAGCCUUGGCUCGAAUUAAUGUCAUGAAGGCUUUGCUAGCUGCCGGGGCAGACGUACACCGUGUAAAUAUAAACGGCGAAACUCCAUUGAUACGCUGUGUCAUGGUCACCAAUAAUUACGACAGUGAAACCUUCCAACAAACAUUCGACUUUUUACGUGAUGCCGUCAGACAUGUGGAUCAUGAUAAUCGAACCAUAUUCCAUCAUAUCGCCUGUACUGCCGGUGUCAGAGGACGAUCAGCGGCAGCUAAAACCUAUAUAUCCGUCGUAUCCAACUAUUUCGAGUCUCAUCCCCGAGUUGAUGAUGCCACAUUUCUAGAUGCUCAAGACAAGGCUGGAGAUACUGCUCUUCAUAUUGCUUGUCGAGUCUCUUGUAAAACUGUAGCACAAUCUCUGGUUAGGCUGGGAUGUAGGCGAGAUAUUCCAAAUAGUGCAGGUGUCAAGGCUGAAGAUUUGUCAAAGGACUAUCCUAAACUCCUACGUGUAUUGACCACGGACAUUUCUGAUUUCACGGAUGUCGCUAUGGAAUCCAGCGAUGAAGAGUUUGAGGAUGUUGACGAAGAUGUCCCAACUCCACCACCCAUUGCGGACGAUGCUGACUUUGCAUACGGUUCAAGUGUAGAGGCUAGAGAACGUAUAUUGGCCAAUGGAGCUGGUGCUCAACUCAUCUCAGUGGUGCAAGAUAUCGUCGAUGACGCUCAACGUGAAUUUAGAAUUCUAGCGAGGCAAACUGAAGAAGAAAUAAGGAUUACACAAGAUGAAAUGAAUGCUGCCUCAGAUCAGCUGGAGCAGGCACGUAAAGAACAAGAUCAGCUACAAGCAGCCAGUCUACAACUAGAAGAAGUGAAAGAUCGUGUACGAAUUCUACAACGGCAACUUGAACGUAUGGUCAAAAUCCGAAUCUCAAAUCUGGAAACACCUCCACCAGCUGCAUCUGUUACACCUGAAGAGUUGGCUGCUGAACUCGCACAACUAAGACGUCGUCUGGAUUACUCGAGUGAUGCUAAAAAAAGAUUGAGUGAAGAAACAGAAACGAGUCGCGCUGCAGCUGAAGAACGAAUAAAACGACUAAAGAGGCUGAUUUCAAUAUGUACAGAACUGCCAGAAGAUGAAGUGGUUGUAGAGGAUCUGGUUGAAGCUCUGACUUCAGAAUAA